AUGUCCUACAUCGGCAGAGUCUAUUUUUCUCUCUCAACCACUAAGGAAAAUAGGCUCUGCUAGCAGGGAAAAACAGCCGAGAAGCCAUUUCAUAAUGAGAUGCACAGAAGCAGUCAAGAAGCCAUGUCAAUGUCAAAUACCAUGCAGAAACCAUGUCAUUGCUACUUAAUUCAAGGGUCUUUUACUCCAAGUGAUUUUGACCGAAUCAUUAGAAGUAAUCAUAGCUAAUCCCUCUUUAAAAACACAACCAUUAUUUUUAUCACCACUUUUGUUUCCCUGUGUGUGUGUUUUGUUUUUUUUUCCACUCCAAUUUUCGUCAUACUUUAACUAAUGGUCCCUUACGACACAUCACAACAGCUUAAGGAAUUUGAACAAGUGGCGAGGACAGCAUAAGUGCUAUUAACGGGCUGUAAAUGUACUUUAUGCCUAAGGACUUGAAAAAGUUUGCGGAUAGUAAACGAAAUAUCGUUCGUGUUGCAAAUGCAAAAAAUUAUCGUUGGUGCUACAUUAUUUUAUUAUUCGUUUGAAUUUCUUUUUUUCUUUUUUUGAGACUAAAUCAAGGCGGCUAUUUCAUAGACGGAAAGGGUCUAGACAAAACAUCUUCUGUAUAAGAAUAUAAAUUUUAUUUAUCUUGUCAGGCCUUAUUCAUACAGAGGAGAUUCAGUCUUGGCGAACAUGUACAAGUGUGGUUCAACAUGUUUUUCCAGGAAUCUAAGCUAAGAAUAGUACUUUUUUUUUUCUCAUUCUGAAUUAUAGAUAACUAAAAGGAGAGGGACUUUCCCACUGAGAAGUCGUGAAAGAAAAUUGGAUAUCCUUCCUUCCUUCUUUCCUUCCUUAAUUCAUUUCGUUCGUUCGUUCGUUUUUUUUUUCGUUCUUUCGUUCUUUCUUUCUUUCUUUCUUUCUUUCUUCCUUCCUUUCUCAGGUUUUUCUUUUCCUCCCUCCCUAUCUUUUUCCAUCCUUUCCACCUUUUGUCACUGUCACAGCAAAAGACGCGCUUGGAGUCAUACUCUAUCAGACACUGACUGAUGUGACAGGAAACAACGCUCGCUAUAAUUAGGUAAGGAAGUAAAUUCAAGAUCAGGAUAUCAUCAUUGUACAAAAUUAAGCGGUAGGGAUGGUUGUAUUUCGAGCUCUGGAGUCUGACAACGAGGUGAAAGAACGAAGAGACGCACAAAGGGAUAUUGAACUCAUGAGACUUAGAUUUAACAUCAGUGCUGAGGAGAUGAAAAAAUUUGUACAAGUCAUCGAAAGAGCGGCAAGUUUUGGAUUCAUGAACAGCUGGAUUGAGAAAUGGAGUUACACGGGCUCUCUGUUCUUCUCAGGCACCGUCAUCACAACAAUUGGUUAUGGCCACUUUGCACCUACAACGCUUGGCGGUCGUUUGUUCUGCAUGGCAUAUGCCUUAUUUGGUAUUCCAAUCACGUGGUUGAUGCUGACGUCACUAGGCAAGAAAAUCGUUGAAAAGAUUUCUUCGUCUCUUGAAGGUUUAUCAAACCCCUGCUUCGAUCCAAAGAGCAAAGGAUUUAAUUUUCUCUGCUUACUCGUUGCCAUCGUUCUUAGCUUCUUCGUGAUGGCUUUCGUUGCCACUGUUGGUAUGUUCAGCGAAAACUGGACGUUCUUGGAGGGAUUCUACUUUGCUUUCAUUAGCCUGACCACUAUUGGCUUUGGGGACUACGUUCCAAURCAUCCGAAUAUAAACCCAGAAAAUCUUGAAAAAUCCUCGUUUAGGAUAAGCUUGUUUAUCUUGUUUUGUUUGUUUUUGUUUUCUUUUGGUCUGGCUGUGACUACCAGUGUGUUACUGUCGAUCAGGAAGAUCAUGGAAGAUCAGACAAUUUUAGGGUUUCAAUCACUGUACAGUAGUCCCUAUGACGCAGAACCGGAUGACGAAAAAUAAUAACGGUAUUUAAAACAGACAAGUAUAACUGCCGCAAGGGUUCAUGGGACACCCUGAGUUCCUGGACAAGAAAGAUGAUGUAAGGGGAACAUUCUUACAGAAACCUGUAAUGGUAUACRACAAAAGUAACUCACUUAUAGGUUGUUUUUUCAGAUCAAGAACGUUCUUUGUCUACCRAUUUCUAAUAUAAUGUUCCUAGACUAAGAAUGAAAAGACACCGAUUUCAACGAACAAUUUCAUGUCCAUCAUCUCCUGCACCUCAUCUCUUCCCUUCGCGCGCAUUUUCGCAUGAGGUUCCCAUUGAAUCAGGRAUACUCUUGAAGGGAGCGCAGUCUUGAACAUAAGGAUGAGAAGGAAUGACAGUAUCGUAGAAUAAAAAGUACGGAGAAUAAAAACUGAAAUUUCUUAUACCGUCGUUGCGAGACGAUAUGCGGUAAAGCACUUUCAUUCGCGCCCUAAAAGGUUCUUUUUCUCCGAAGGAGAACUCGAAAAAGAAAGCAUCGGUAUYGGAAAUAUAGUCACGUGAUCAGAAUGACUUUCAGUUUCGCCUUACUUUCAAGAAACGGUGCUGACCAUGAUGACCGCAGGCUCAAAAAAGCACCAGACAUUAAAACGUUAGGGAUAUGUCACGUGAAUAAAAUUUCAGACCAGUCUCGCAUUAUUUUUUCAAUCAGUGCUGAUCUCGAUGAGCGCAAACUCAAAAAAUGCAUCGCGUAUAAAAAACUAAGGAAUAUGGUGACGUAAACAAAAUAUCCAAUCGCAUUUUUUUCGAGCAAACUAAAUGCUGAGCAGAAUGUGCGCUAGUUUCUUUUGUAGCCGUUCUUAACAAAGAGGACUAGAUGUGCGCAGACUGGUGCAAGAUUAUACUUGGUAUCACGCAUGCGCAGUGCACAAAAUUGAAAAUAACYGUGAGUGGUAUAAGAAAAUUGCUGUAUAUGAAAUAAAAAAGACAAGCUUUAAAAUACAAGCUUUGUCAUGGUAACGGUC